GCCCAUGAAUUGCUCCGAGAGCGCCCGGCGAGGCUGCGCCGCGGCCGCGGGCUCCGGGCACGAUGCAGAAGAGCGUGCGGUACAACGAGGGGCACGCCCUGUACCUGGCGCUGCUGGCCCGCAAGGAGGGCACCAAGCGCGGCUACCUCAGCAAGAAGACGGCGGAGACCAACCGCUGGCACGAGAAGUGGUUCGCCCUCUACCAAAACGUGCUCUUCUACUUCGAGGGCGAGCAGAGCGCCCGCCCCGCCGGCAUGUACAUGCUGGAGGGCUGCAACUGCGAGCGGGUGCCCGCUCCCAAGGGAUGCGCCGCGGGCAGCGCCAAGGAUGCCGCGCUGGACAAGCAGCAUUACUUUACUGUUCUCUUUGGCCAUGAGGGGCAGAAGCCACUUGAGCUGCGCUGUGAGGAUGAGGUUGAUGGAGAUGAGUGGGUAGAAGCUAUUCACCAAGCGAGCUACUCAGACAUCCUGAUCGAGCGGGAGGUGCUGAUGCAGAAGUACAUCCACCUGGUGCAGAUCGUGGAGACCGAGAAGGUGGCGGCCAACCAGCUCCGGCACCAGCUGGAGGACCAGGACACGGAGAUUGAGAGGCUCAAGUCAGAGAUUGUAGCACUGAAUAAAACAAAGGAAAAAAUGCGACCUUAUCAAGGCAACCAGGAAGAUGAAGAUCCAGAUAUAAAAAAAAUUAAGAAGGUUCAGAGCUUUAUGCGGGGCUGGUUGUGCAGAAGAAAAUGGAAAACCAUUGUCCAAGAUUAUAUUUGUUCUCCUCAUGCAGAGAGCAUGAGGAAGAGGAACCAGAUAGUUUUCAACAUGGUGGAGGCUGAGUCUGAGUAUGUGCACCAGCUUUAUGUCCUGGUGAACUGUUUCCUGCGGCCCCUGAGGAUGGCAGCGAGCUCCAAGAAGCCGCCCAUCAGCCACGACGACGUCAGUAGCAUUUUCCUCAACAGUGAAACAAUCAUGUUUCUUCAUGAGAUAUUUCACCAGGGCUUAAAAGCAAGAAUAGCUAACUGGCCUACCUUAAUUCUAGCUGACUUAUUUGACAUUCUGCUGCCAAUGCUGAACAUAUAUCAAGAAUUUGUUCGGAAUCAUCAAUACAGCCUACAAGUGCUGGCAAACUGUAAGCAAAACAGAGAUUUUGACAAACUCUUGAAGCAAUAUGAAGCCAACCCAGCAUGUGAGGGCCGAAUGCUGGAAACUUUCCUUACCUACCCCAUGUUUCAGAUUCCCAGGUAUAUUAUAACACUUCAUGAACUCUUGGCUCAUACACCACACGAACACGUUGAGAGAAAGAGCCUUGAAUUUGCUAAAUCUAAACUAGAAGAACUUUCAAGAGUGAUGCACGACGAGGUGAGUGACACAGAGAACAUCCGGAAGAACCUGGCCAUAGAGAGGACCAUAGUGGAGGGCUGUGACAUACUGCUAGACACCAGCCAGACCUUUAUACGCCAAGGUUCCCUUAUCCAGGUCCCCUCAGUUGAGAGGGGAAAGCUGAGUAAAGUUCGCCUGGGCUCGUUGUCCUUGAAGAAAGAAGGAGAAAGACAAUGCUUCUUGUUUACAAAACACUUCUUAAUUUGUACAAGAAGUUCAGGAGGAAAACUGCAUCUUCUUAAGACAGGAGGUGUUCUGUCUCUAAUAGAGUGCACACUUGUUGAGGAGACAGAAGCGAGUGAUGAUGAUUCAAAGGGCUCGGGGCAGGUGUUUGGACACCUGGAUUUCAAGCUGAUAGUGGAGCCCUCGGAUGGUCCUCCUUUCACUGUGGUCCUCUUGGCCCCGUCACGGCAGGAGAAAGCCGCGUGGACCAGCGACAUCAGCCAGUGCAUUGAUAAUAUAAGGUGCAAUGGAUUAAUGACAAUAGUGUUUGAAGAAAACUCCAAAGUCACAGUGCCACAUAUGAUCAAAUCCGACGCCCGUCUCCACAGAGAUGACAUUGACAUUUGCUUCAGCAAAACGCUGAAUUCCUGCAAGGUGCCCCAAAUCCGCUACGCGAGCGUGGAGCGCCUCUUGGAGCGGCUGACGGACCUGCGGUUCCUGAGCAUCGACUUCCUCAACACCUUCCUGCACACCUACCGCAUCUUCACCACCGCUGCCGUGGUCCUGGAGAAGCUCUCUGACAUCUACAGGCGCCCCUUCACCUCCAUUCCCGUCAGGUCUUUGGAGCUGUUCUUUGCCACCAGCCAGAACAACAGAGGGGAGUACCUGGCUGAUGGGAAGUCGCCGCACCUCUGCCGCAAGUUCUCCUCUCCUCCUCCCCUGUCACUCUCCAGGACCUCCUCACCUGCCAGGACCCGAAAACUGUCCCUGACCUCCCCGCUGAACUCCAGGAUCGGUGCCCUGGACCUCUCGGCCUCGUCUGUGGCCAGCAGCCCCACCUCGAGCUACAGCCCAGCCACGUCCCCGCCGCCCACGGGCAGCAAGGCGCCGCUGGACCUGAGCCGGGGGCUGUCGUCCCCCGAGCAGAGCCCGGGCUCGGCCGAGGACAGCCUGGAGAACCCACGCCUGGACCUCUGCAACAAGCUGAGGAGGAGCAUCCGCAGAGCAGGGGUUCUGGAAUCUGUGUCAGUGGACAGGACCAUUCCUGAGAGCAGCUCGGUGGUGGACACUGCAGAGCUGUCGCCGUGCCGGUCCCCCUCGACGCCGCGCCACCUCCGCUACCGGCAGCCAGGAGUGCAGACUGCUGACAACAGCCACUGCUCGGUGUCUCCUGCUUCUGCCUUUGCCAUCGCCACAGCUGCAGCUGGGCACGGGAGCCCACCAGGGUUCAACAACUCGGAGCGCACGUGCGACAAGGAGUUCAUCAUCCGCAGAGCCGCCACCAACCGCGUGCUCAACGUGCUGCGACACUGGGUCUCCAAACACUCGCAGGAUUUUGAGCUGAACAACGAGCUGAAAAUGAACGUGUUAAAUUUGCUGGAGGAAGUUUUGAGAGACCCUGACCUUCUGCCACAAGAAAGGAAAGCUACUGCAAACAUACUGAGGACUCUUUCUCAGGACGAUCAAGAUGACAACCAUUUGAAAAUAGAAGAUAUCAUCCAGAUGCCAGACUGCCCCAAGCCCGAGAGCUUCGAGACGCUGUCGGCCAUGGAGCUGGCGGAGCAGAUCACCCUGCUGGACCAUGUCGUGUUCCGCAGCAUCCCCUACGAAGAGUUCCUUGGGCAGGGCUGGAUGAAAGUGGAUAAAAAUGAGAGAACGCCCUAUAUUAUGAAAACUAGUCAACACUUUAAUGAUAUGAGCAACCUGGUGGCCUCGCAGAUCAUGAGCUACGCCGAGGCGCCCUCGCGGGCCAGCGCCAUCGAGAAGUGGGUGGCGGUGGCCGACAUCUGCCGCUGCCUGCACAACUACAACGGCGUGCUGGAGAUCACCUCGGCCCUCAACAGAAGUGCCAUCUACAGGCUCAAGAAAACCUGGGCAAAGGUGUCCAAACAGACAAAAGCACUCAUGGACAAGCUUCAGAAGACUGUGUCAUCUGAAGGAAGAUUUAAAAACCUGAGAGAAAUGCUCAAAAACUGUAACCCACCUGCUGUUCCCUACCUGGGGAUGUACCUGACUGACCUGGCGUUUAUCGAGGAAGGAACACCCAACUUCACUGAGGAAGGCCUUGUCAAUUUUUCCAAAAUGAGAAUGAUCUCCCACAUUAUCAGGGAAAUCCGCCAGUUCCAGCAGACCUCCUACCGCAUCGAGCACCAGCAGAAGGUCACUCACUACCUGCUGGACAAGAGCCUGAUCAUCGAUGAGGACACCUUGUACGAGCUGUCGCUGAAGAUCGAGCCACGGCUCCCCGCCUGAGGCACCCGUGCAGGGCCUGCAGACAGCCCUGGGACAGGCAGCACAUCCUGCACCGAUCUGAGGAGAAUGACAGCUCUCUUUUCCACUGAGAGACACAGAGUCUCACAGCCUUUCCCUCUCAGGCAACACACACCAGUGUUGGAGGCGAAGGACAGCGACCCUUCCUACCCGGCUUCAGCGAUUUCUGCUUUGCAAAGAUCACGCUUGGCAUUAGGGAGCACGAUUUCCUGGGAAACAGGAGACUUUCCUGUGAACAGGCACUCACUGCAGCCAUCUCACAUGACAAACCAAGGGUACAGAUUUAAAUGGUGGCAGUGUACUCAGGUGUGCUAGGAUAAAUAAGCGAAGUGAGGUGGCUGGGUUGAUUUAUGUGUUCACUGAGGCAGUAAUGGCAUGUGUGUCCUCUUUGUGUUAAUUUCAUCGCCAAACCUGGAUUUUAGCACUCAUCUAAUGCUUGGAGUGAUGUUAAGACAGCAUCUAGUAACUUUAGAUCUGCAGUUGUUCGAAACACCUGCUGUACAUUUAAUGCUACUCCUUAUGAAAAAUUUUCUUCUUUCAGUGUCUCAUCAGCCUUUUCUAAGGCGACUGAUUGUAUCUAUAAAAAUGAUUUGUAAAUAUCUUUUUUCAUCAGUGAGAGUAUUUGCAGCAUGGAGAGCAAAUGGACUGGUGGAAUGGUUGUAAAUAGCUGCCAGCUGGGAAGGUGAGGGACCCAGAGGGGUGGUGCAGGGGAUGGAGAGUCACGCUGCACGCAGCCCUGGAAGAGGCACUUUAUUUUCCUGUACCUCCUGCAGCUUCUCUGACAAGUCAGGCUACAGAGCACUUUUCUGGACACACUGUGGAGAGAAAUACAUGUCUGUCUGGCAGCAGGCGGUGAUCAGCAGUGAGCACUCAGAGCUGGAGUGACAGUUUUGUUUUAUGUGGAAUUGGUGGUUUGAAAAAUGUCUUUUUAUUUUUUUUUUUAAUUUUUUUUUUUUGUUCAGCCAUUUGGCACUGAUUUAGCUGUAAAACUGAACGUGUCCGUGGCAAACACUGAAUGCCAGCAAACACAAGAGUGUGUAUUUUUAUCCGAGCUGGUAAUUAUCACUUGCAUAUGUUUGAGAAAAUGUGCUGUUUGUAAAUGUUUUCAGAGCCUGCUUUUGUGACGUACCAGGUAGAUAGAUGUCAUUUCUACAGUAGCUGGUGCUUCUUGUAUUUUCCUCAUCCAGAGUGGCCUGUUGUAGCUGCAUGGGAAGUGAGCUCAAAUGCUGUAAAGGGCAUCGUAGUACAAAACACAGGUGUUAGCACUGUUGAAAACAAAAAUUGGCUGGAAAAGUGUCCUUACUUUUCCAAUGAAACUCAGCCAGUUGAAGAAAUAGGGCUAUAUCACCGUAUACCUCCCUUAAAUCCUCUCAGGGAGACAGAUGUUUAAAAUAGAUUGUGACUUAGGCCUAUUUGAUCUGACUUAUCUUACGCAGUCGUGAUGCUUCUUAGCGCUGGUGAUGAAAAAUGGACCUGCCUGGCUUGUGGUUUUUGUCUUUAUUUGCACUUUAAUGAUGUUGCUGGCCCAGCCCAGAGCUGCACAAUGAGUUCCAUUCGUUCUGUCUGCGUGUGACCGCCAGCAUCUACAAAUGUACCUUAGCAACUGUAAAUUUCAUUAAGGUCCUUCUCCACAAGGGCCAUCUUGUAAAUAACUGCAUGGGGAGGUGUCACAGAUACUGGAAAAUUCCUCCAUUAGAAAAGCAGACAGCAGGAGAGAAGGAAAUGCUAUAGGAACACUUUAAAUAAUUCUGGCCAAUGAUUGCUGUAGAAGUGUUACUUAUAGAAGCUUCUUCUUGUAAAAAAUGUGUUUGUUUCUUUUGACUAAUGAUUGAUAAGGAGCUGAUUGCAUCCCAAUGCAUGAUGUGAGGAAAAAAAAAACCACAAAAAAAGAGCAUGGUUUAUUUGGACCACAAAACCAAGUGACUGUGUGUUUCCUGUACAGUAGCAGGACUCCAUUCAGUAGUUCCAUAAAACACUUUGAAGUAAUGGAGCAACAAGGGAAAACGUGGUCCAAAAAAGUGAUUUGUGUUUGGUUUUGUUGCUUCUUUGUUGACAAAGAAAACGUGUAACAGCUGUCAGUGUGAAUGGGCAUCUCUGUUGUGCGCUAUGAAGUGCUGCUUUCUCUGCCUGUACCCCGUUUUACCAAAUCUGCUCGAUGUUUUUAGGGUUACAGGGUACAAAUCCUCGCCGUGCUCCUGCCACAGCUGCUCGUCCCGUGCUUCAGGCGUGUGGCCAGCGAGAGGAGGACUCCGGGGAGAGCCGGCCUUUGCCAGAGGGGCUGGGCUUGGAGCCAGGCAUGGUCCUUCAGCCCCUCUGCAAAAGCACGUCCUGCUCACAUGCCAAAGGUUGCCUCUUGCCGCGGUCGGGAGGGUCGGAUGCUUGAUCUGUGCUCGUGGCAGCAGCAAAAGCGUUGAAAAAUUAUUGUGGUCACAGUGACGUUUGACUUGCUGAUGGCUAAUGCUGAUGUUUUUGCUUGGGGAUACAACGCUUUUGCUAAAGCACAGGCAGAGGUGAGGAUGCGCCUUGCCACCCGCUGGGCACAGCUGGACACAGCUGGACACGGCUGGACACAGCUGGACACAGCUGGACACGGCUGGAUAGAGCCGGACACAGCCGGGAACAGCUGGACACAGCUGGACACGGCCGGACACGGCUGGACACAGCUGGGCACGGCCGGGAACAGCUGGGCACAGCUGGACACAGCCGGGAACAGCUGGACACGGCCGGACACAGCUGGACACGACCGGACACGUCCGGACACAGCCGGACACGGCUGGACACAGCUGGGCACGGCCGGACACGGCCGGACACGGCCGGACACGGCCGGACACAGCCGGACACGGCUGGACACAGCUGGACACGGCUGGACACGGCCGGACACGGCUGUUCUGCCCCUGGGAGCGGCCCGAGUGCCUCUGGCACAGCCCUGCUGCACGUCUGGGCUGCGGCAGUGGCAGCUGGGCAGCAGCACCCCGCUUUGUCUGCGGCUGUGUCCGGCUGCAGCCCGCCCGGGGUGACCCCGGGUGACCUCGGGUGACCCCGGGGUGACACAGGGUGACACCGGGUGACCCGGGGUGACACAGGGUGACACCGGGGCCGGGGCUCCUCGCUCCCUGUGCCGCCCCGCCGCAGCCACAGAGCAUAGAGAGGUGAGGUGAGGUGAGGUGAGGUGAGGUGAGGUGAGGUGAGGUGAGGUGAGGUGAGGUGAGGUGAGGUGAUGUCAGGUGAGCUGAGAUGUCGCCCACCACACGCCCACCCUUCGCCUCUGGUGCCUCGGAGGGAUCCCGGCCGGGGUUGUCCCGGGCUGGGGUCCCGUCCCAGCAGGAGGAUGUCCCGCACAGAGAAGGGCCGAGGAGCCCCUCCACUUGCCUUCUGAGCCCCCAGGCUGCCGGCGGGGGGCUGCUGCAGCCCGGCGGGGCUGGCGGCGAUGGGGAUAAAGCGCUUUCACCAGCCCCGCAGGAGCCCGCAGUAGCAGCCCAGGGCUGAGCCGGGCCCCUGGGCAGCAGCACAGACACGUCCCCUUCAGCGACCGAGAGCGCUGGUCACACGCUGACACAGGGUUAGAGUUGCCUUCACCCCCAGCCUUCGCCCCCAGCCCCUCCCCAGGAACCCAGCUGUUGUUGGUGACCGAGCCCGGAGCGCUCAGCCUGGCGCUGAAAUCUUGUAGAGUUCACAGUGGCCGUGUGUGUUUCUUCUGUCCCUCUCCUCUGGCUUGUCCCGUGGCUUCGUGGUGACAGGGGAUCGCUGACCACCCUGGUUUCGGAGUAAGGAGGAGGUCCCCGUCCUCUUUCUGCUUUCCUAGUCUUUAAUACUGAUUAUUGUUCUGUAGGAUAACAAGGAACUUAAUUAUUUUAAUUAUUUAUUAACUUAAACCAUGUUGAUUUUGAUUUCAGGACAUGUUAAUUUUAUCCCAAAUUUUCCCUCACGUGUGUUAUUUAUUUUAAGGGUUUUACAGAAACGUUGUUUUGUUUGUAUCCACAUUCAUUCUUUCAUCCUUUCACUCCUAGCAACAACAUUAAACCUUGAUGAUUUAAAACUGAGACAUUUUUACCCUCUCAUACUUUUACUCACCAAGGGCAAAACCCUUCAGACCUCAUUCUGAUAAUACCUUAGGCUUCACCGAGAGCUUUUCAUAAGUCUUUGGGGAUCUGGCUCUCAGCUAUUUGCCUGUUACAGUUUUUGCCUCCAAAGGUCAAAUGUCUCUGUCUAGGAUGCUUCAUGUCCAAAAUGCUGCUCAGUGAUGGUUGUUCUGUUGUACCUUUACUCCUGAGGUAGUCUCUGAAGUUCUGUUACCUAGGGCAGUAGAUGUGUGUUUAUUUGACAGAUGUACCUUUAUCGAACGUGUUACCUAGUGCACAAUCCAGAUGUUUCUGCAUGUAUUGCAACUUCUCUUUUGACCUGAGGUUAUUGCUUUGUAUUGUUAGUAAGGCAUACCAGGCAAGGUGUUGUGUGCCUGUGUGCUAAUAAACAUUCUUUUCUUUCCCGA